AAAAUGUUUACGUGCAUAGCGUGCACAAAGCAAAUGGCGGAGGGAGGGGAAGAAGUAGAAGGAGCCCGUGGAAGUAGCACGCCUAGUACAAAAGAAGCCGUCAAAAGCCUGACGUCGCAGAUCAAGGAUAUGGCAUUGAAAUUUUCUGGCGCUUAUAAGCAAUGCAAACCCUGCACGGGCUCCAGCAGCUACAAGAAAGGAGAUCGACCUUAUCCAGAUUUUGAUGCUGCUUCGGAAGGGGUUCCAUACCCCUACAUGGGCGGAAGCUCUAGCUCAACACCUGCAUGGGAUUUCACUAAUGCCAGUCACCAUCCAGGAAGGUCAGAUUCAAGAUUUACCGGGGUAUUCAGUGGUGAUAGAACCCCUGGUGGUAGGGAGUCUAUCUCGGCCCAGGAUCUGGUUUUGGAAGAUGAGGAUGAGCCCAAAGAAUGGAUGGCACAAGUGGAGCCUGGGGUUCAUAUAACUUUUGUGUCUCUACCUAAUGGAGGAAAUGAUCUAAAACGAAUUCGCUUCAGCCGGGAGAUGUUCGACAAGUGGCAAGCACAGCGAUGGUGGGGUGAGAAUUAUGAUAGAAUCAUGGAGCUCUACAAUGUACAAAGAUUUAAUCGUCAGGCACUACAUACUCCCCCAAGAUCUGAGGAUGAGAUGCAAAGGGAUUCUUCUUACUCAAGGAUGGGAUCAACAAUGGAAAGUCCCAUGGCUCAUUGGACACCAAGAAACCACUAUAAACCAUAUGGAGGUAAAGGAUAUUUCCCAUCUGACCAUAUGGACCAAGGUGGAGCCCAAUAUUACAGUGCUGGGCCAAGUGCUUUUAGUGCAGGUGGCCCAAGAGGUGAGGCAUCUUUUGACGCUUCACGGACGACAACCUCCUCUAGAGAUGAGCCCUCUGUUUCUGUCAGCAAUGCCAGUGAAAUGGAGUCAGAAUGGGUUGAACAGGAUGAACCCGGCGUAUACAUUACCAUCAGACAGUUGGCUGACGGCACCAGGGAACUGCGGCGUGUGAGAUUCAGCCGCGAAAGAUUCGGAGAAGUAAAUGCGAAGCAGUGGUGGGAGGAGAACAGAGAAAGGAUACAAACACAAUACCUAUAAAUUAUAAUAAUAGUAUUACACAAACAAAUGGUAGCAGCGGUGGAUCUAAAUGCGUUGAAAGGUGCACUGCAGUUGGAUGUUUCCUUCAAUUUUGUUUUGAAACGUGGUGGUAAGAAUCAUCAAAUUCACCAUAGUGAAGUUGUUUACAUUACAGGUAAAAUGGGCUUUGUCACCACCUGUGAUGACUGAACUAACAAGUGUCAAAACAAGCCCCUUCUUUUAUUUUUUUGGUCUACCAAUUUUUAGGAGCUCCUCUUACCACCUUUGUUAAGGGAAUUUAUUUGGUCUUUAGGUUUUUAUAUAGGGAAUUUAUUUGGGUCGGGAACUAGGUUGUCUAGCGGUUGUUUUUUUGUAAUACAAACUCUGAUAGUUCAAGAAAUGAGUUUUUUAAAGUUAUAACAGCUUUACUUUAUGUUUGGAUUAUGUUUUUUUAUUACGAGAAUAACCAGAUACCAUAGAGUGGAAAUUAAGUAAAUACACAACAGCGACUUCAGUAAUCUUCAAUUGUUUUGAGACGACACUACCCACGAAGUGUAUUCUUUACAUGUUUAAAUUUCUCUUUGCACGUUUCUAGUACUAGUAUUAGUAAACUGUAUUGAAGAAGAUUGCGAAACGUUUUCCGGACUUUGAAAUUCUAUAACAAUGUCCCUCUCUUUAGUUUCUCCUACGUUUCCCCUGUCCAAUAUUGAAGGUCUUUCUCCGCCAGUCUGAACUAUUAUUACCCUCCUUUCUGUUAAAUUUAUGAUGAAUAAUAAUAAUAAUAAUAAUAAUAAUAAUAUAUAAAUAAAUAAAUAAAACAUCAAGUUCAAAUAGAUCUCUGACCCGGGCAUCAUUUCUUUCUCCGUGGGCUACUUUGAACUCUGAUGCUAAUGUAGUGUAAGGAGCCACUAAUUAUGGG